AUGUACUUGCCCUUGAACAACAACUCCGAAGAGUUUCGGACUGUGACACUCCAACCCGGCAAUUUCGAGGACGAAGUAGAAUGCCUUCUCAACACUGUUUCGGCGAUUGAUCAACUAUCCAACCGAUAUGAGGCUCUAUCAUAUGUUUGGCGGUCCCCAGAAUCCACUACUGCAAUCAAGCUUAAUGGAAAAACCCAUCAAGUGACGAAAAAUCUGGAAUCAGCACUGCGACACCUACGCUACAUUAAGCAUCCAAGAGUGCUUUGGGUUGACGCAAUCUCUAUAAACCAAGAUGACAUCGAGGAACGGAACCGAGAAGUAACAAGGAUGGGUCAAAUAUACAGUCAGGCCGCUGGUGUUGACGCAUGGCUGGGUGAAAGCUUUGAAAAUAGCAAUUUAGCUCUGGAUGCGUUCGGUGUGUUUCCAACGUCGAUGGAUGUGCACUGGAGACCGCACGAAAAUGAAGCACUGCAAAAUCUCGUAUGCGAUGAGGCAACGAUGGAUGCUCUCUCUAAACUGUUCAAACGGCCAUGGUGGCAUCGUAUGUGGAUUGUUCAGGAAGCCACUCUUGCCAAAAAUCUCACCUUCGUCUGUGGCAGCCGUCAGAUAACUUGGGAUACUUUUUUGGUCCCAGCAAAAUGCUAUCAGAAACAUUUUGGAUUCUGCUGCAACGCGUCUGUCAAUGUCACCUGGCCCAUCGAAUCUCUCGGUCAUUUCUUCCGUCCUAUUGUCGUCAUCAGCGGCUCCCGCUCAUUACACGAAACUAUGGACAUUGAACGUUUGAUUCCACCCUUCCGUGGUCGCAUAUGCACUGAUCCUUGA